ACUGCUGCAAUGGCCAGCUGUGUGAGGAAAGGAGGAAGAGGCUGUCCUUCUUAUAUACACCUUUUAAUAAUCUAUGUACAUUGUGUAUGCUCACGUAUUAAGCAUGAACUUAAACUUCAGAAUAAUAGCACACUAUUAAUGAUGUCUCUGUUCAUUACGACAGCAGUUUUUAUAGCAAGUGCUGCUCUUCAGCUGGCUGGAGUUCAUGUCAAAGGUUAAUGAGAUGUUCCUUGAGAUUGCCCUGGUGAACUCAUCUGUCACGGUGAGUGCUCAGGGAAAUGAACUGGUUAAUGAAAUGAGGAGAAGGAGAGGAUGUGACAAGUGAUCAGCAUUUAACAGUUGGCUGAGUGGGGAAAUGAGAAUGUAUUUCGGUGUUUUUGUUACAAAGCUGCUAUUUAGAGCAAAACCAUUAGAUUGGAGUCAAAUGGUUGUGUAAAUUGUGUUUGGAAAUUUAGCGUGUCCCUCUGACUUCUACACUGAUACACACACUUAACUCAUGUAAUCUUUUAAACUGGCAAAGUGUAUGUUUUCUUCAUUAAGUCUCAUUUUAUUCGUCUUCUAUCUCUGCAACAAAAUUGCAAACAAGUUUUGCCCUAUACAUGAUUCCAACCAUACACAUCACAAACCAGUUUAAAGACACUACCAACCACGCAUGCUUACUGCCCUUUGACCACUUUUUAUAUUGGUGUGAGUGUUAUAAAGAUGAGCAGUGGAAGAAGUGUUUUCAAGUGGCAACAUGGAGCCCAGGAGGCUGCUACAAGCAAGUCUAGCUUUGUUAAUCCUUGUAACCAGCAGCUAUGGAGGACACUUAAACCCAGGGCUGACACUGAGAAUGGACCAGGCUUUGUUAACAUUUCAUAACAAGCUGACAGAAGAAGUGCAGGUCCUCUACACGUCAGAUUACUGCUACAAGUGUGUGUACCAGCAUUUGCUCACUGUGAAACCCAACAACAACAAUGCAUCUGCAGUGGUCAGCACUAAAUUCACUCUGACUCUGCAAGUGGAGUCCCAGACCAGGAAUGAAAGUCUUUGCAGGUGGAGUCAGACAUAUGGAGAAGGUGGUCAUUACUCUGUUUGGAUCCAGAUGUCUGAGGCCGCCAGCUGUACUGAGGCUGUGGAUAAAAGACCAAACGAUGCAUACUUGCCUCUUCUGGUGGCAGCUCUUUCACUGGCCGUAAUUGCUCUCUUAUUCGUUGUGGCACCCUACAUCUACAGGAGGCGUUGUACAUCAAAAUUUAUGAAGACCAUUUGCUGCCAAAGCCCAGAGUACCCAAUGGAUAAUGACAGCGCACAGGCUUGUGAAGCUGAGCACAAUACCGCUAAAGCUAAACCAACACGUCUGCGCUCACUGGAUACUUUCCGAGGGUUUGCCCUGACAGUGAUGGUGUUUGUGAACUAUGGAGGAGGAGGGUACUGGUUCUUUCAGCAUGCACCAUGGAAUGGUCUAACUGUGGCAGAUCUUGUCAUGCCAUGGUUUGUGUUUAUUAUUGGGACUUCAGUGGUGUUGGCUUUCAGAUCCAUGCAGAGGAAAGGAGUUAGCCGCCUGCAGCUGCUGUGCAAAAUCUCCUGGAGAACAGUCGUCCUCCUGAUGCUCGGCUUCUGCUUCCUCAACUACUCUCCAAGAGACGGACCAUUGUCAUGGUCCUGGCUGAGGAUCCCUGGAGUGCUGCAGCGUCUGGGCUUCACCUACUUUGUUCUGUCUCUUCUGCAGACUUUCUGGGGCCAGAAAGAAAUCUCUCUGAGAGUGAAUGACUGGUGGAACCCGGUCCAGGAUGUGGUCCCUUAUUGGUCCCAGUGGCUAAUUAUCAUCCUGCUGGAGACUCUGUGGCUCUGCAUCACUUUGCUCAUGCCUGUACCCAACUGCCCCACAGGAUAUUUGGGAGCUGGUGGAAUCGGUGAUCACGGUCUUUACCCAAACUGCACCGGAGGUGCAGCAGGAUACAUUGAUAGAUGGAUGUUUGGUGACAACAUGUACAGAUACCCCACAUGCAGAGAAAUGUAUCGCACCACCCAGCCCUUUGACCCAGAGGGGGUUCUGGGUACAAUUAACUCCAUUGUCAUGGGAUUCUUGGGGAUGCAGGCUGGGAAAAUUAUCAUUUUCUACAAGGGGAUGAACGCCCGCAUCCUCUGUCGAUUCCUAGUGUGGGCCGUCCUUCUGGGAAUCUCUGCAGCCAUCCUUUCUAAGUGCACACGAGACGGAGGAUUUAUACCUGUCAAUAAAAACCUUUGGUCGUUGUCUUAUGUGAUGUGUAUGGGAUGUUUCUCUUUUCUGCUGCUGGGAGGCAUGUACUUUGUCUGUGAUAUCAAGGGCUGGUGGGGCGGACAUCCAUUCAUAUACCCAGGGAUGAACUCUAUCUUUGUAUAUGUUGGACACUCUCUGCUGGGUUUCUACUUCCCCUUCAGCUGGGAGAUGCGCUUCCAGGAGAGCCACUGGGAGUGGCUAUUCCAAAGCCUGUGGGCAACUGCACUGUGGGUGUUCAUCGCUUACCUGCUGUACAGGAAGAAAUUCUUUCUCAAAAUAUAAACUAGGAUGAUCAUCUGUCACUUUUCAGUCUGUAGAUGCCAUUAUCUUGUGUUUUAGUUCUAAACAGACAGUAUUCAUGCUAAAUUAUAUAGAUUAUUAUAACAUCUGUUGGAGAUAUCUGGCCUCCUGUUCUUGGCUUAAUCAGUUUAGUUUACUUUUCAGUGUUGUACAGCCUACCCAUGUACAUUUCGGUGAAUCAAUGCUAAUAUCCAAGCCAUCUGAUAAAUCAUGCAGCUCAAACACAAGCUGCAGCACAGUGGCAAAAGUAUGAAAAUGUUAAUCCAUGAAACCCAUUGAAUCACCAGGCAGUUUCUAAAGAAGAUGUCUGAUCUACUGUCAGUGUGGGCAGCUGAGGAUUUAUUUGAUGCCUCUUGUUUUGUGCACUGAAUAGACUGAUUAAAUCAAAUAUACUGAGGUGGUACUUAACAAAUUAGGCCGAGUGAUUCCACUACACACCAGGCCAGCCAUUAUGAGUCUGUUGCCAUGGACACUCCUUCUCCUUCUGUGUGUGUGUAUGUGUGUGUGUGUGGAUACCAUCUGCUGUCCAAGUGACAGUACUUUAAUAGGGGUCAAGAUGCACAGCUCACAAAGGAGUGUCAUUAAUGGGACCGACACCUCUUACACUCAUUGUAUUAGAAAAUCAAGGAAAUUACACAAAUCCAAUUCAUCAGAGAACAAUGACGAGCCUCACAGAGCCUGGGCCUGUUACAUCUUUUACAUAUUUAACACAUUAAGCCACUCACCUACUGAAACAGGGUUUAUUUUCACACCUGGAUUAUGUUUCUGCGUGGUUGACAACUGCUUGAGUGAUUUAAUGAUGCUUUUGUAGAAUGUAUACAUAAUUGUAUUGAACACACUCAGAUCAGCGUGCCCUCGGUAUCAGGUCAGGUGGUGUGUACAUCAUGAAAUGACCAUCUAGUUAAUGAAAUGAAACAGCAUCAUGCUCUUCCUCUACAGUGAAAUCACAUUACCCACUGUACAGAAGCUGUAAUAACAUUGCGUAAUAUGGUGUAGUGGUUUUGGUAACUGUCUUAUGAACAGAAGUUGUUGUUUGAAUCCCUGAAGGUGCAUCCUGCUUUCUUGAACAGGACUCAAGUCCAUAAUUGCUUUCCCAAACUACCGUGCCAACAAUGGAAAUGCAUAGCUGCAUCUUCUUGAGAUGAAAAUGAAAUCAAUACAGACUCACCACCAGGUCUAAAGAUAUCUUUUGUGUGCAAUUAUGAAGCUUUGUAUUUAAAUAUAAGCAUUUUGCUGACUCAUCCGGAGCGACUUACAGGAACUGAUGAUGAGCUCCAAAGCCAUUAGAAGCAUCACAAGAAACUGUUGAUGAAGAUCAAAAGGAUCAAAAUAAGAAUGUCUAGACUGUGGAGAUGAUGAAUAUUCUGCUUAUGUUUCAGAUUGAAUUUCUGCUGAACCCAUGUGACAGAAAUAUUGUAAGAAAGAAAAGCUGAUAAGAUUGCAUUGUGGUUCCACAUACCAUGACUACACCACAACAUUUCCUUGUCUUUAUUGAUUCUCAUCGAGCAUAUGUCUCAGGAUACCUAUAGUCUGUCAUAUGGAAACUUUAUCCCAGAUACAGUGUUCUCAUUUAGACCGCUCAGCUUCUUAUAUCACAUAAUGAUCCACACACUCUCCCUUGAUACAGCAAGCAGCAUUACAUUCAUCCCCCUAUACAGUGUAAGUGAACAUCUGCUAACGUACUGACAUCAGUUUCACAUAUAAAGACAACAUGAUAUCUGGAAGCAAGUGGCAAUUUUCAGACCU